GACCAUAACAAACAUUCAUUGCGUUAGUCAUAGGGGUGAUGAGGGAAUCGAGAACAGUUUUUCGAAGAAAAUACUGAAAAAACCUGCCAUAUGUUUGCUGAAGGUUAGUCACUUGUCAACGCAGAAUAUGUAUUAGUAUACAACAGGUGGAUUGUUACAACUGCGCUUCAGUACUCACGCUGCAUCGUAAUGACCCACAUCACGAAUCUAGAUACUGUUUGGAACCACCUGAAAAGUGAAAAUGUAGACCACGAAGUGGAUAUUCAGCCACCAGAAAAAUAUGGUUGGUUAUCAGUCUUCUGCAAUCUCCUGCAACCCAAAUCAAAUUUGCUGCCAAAAGAGCUAUCUGAUGAGAAAUCUGUGCUGAUAAAGCUUUCAAAGUGCCCAUUUAACCAUGAAGAUCCGCUCCACAUGCAAAUGAUCUCCACAUUGUUCAAUAAACUUACUGGUUUAAACAGUCCUGCAGCUCUUGGAAGUCACUGGGAAAUAGUUGGAUUUCAGGGAGUAGACCCUGCAACAGAUUUUAGGGGAGUUGGAAUCUUAGGCCUUCUGCAACCAUUGGCUGUGUGUUUGUGUGUUGAAACAUUGCCUUUCAUGUCCAAUGUAGUGAGCCUUUCACAUAGUCCUAGUCAAGGUUUCCCGUUCAUGGUUUUGAGUUUGAAUGUGUCAAAUAUUGUACUGAAAGCUUUAAAAGAUGGAGUUUUAGACAGAAUGAUAAAGGAAAAAGAGACUGUUUUGGGAGUCACCACUAUAUGCUAUACAGCCAUCUUAUUUUUUAUUUAUGACAACUGGAAGAAAGAGAAGCUCACCUUGUCAGACUGUGGCUCAGUUUUUAAAAGAGCUGAAACUAUUUGCAAGAAAGAGCUUAGUCGCCACAUCAGCAGUUUCGAUAACUAUAUCAAGGAACUUACCCUAAACGAAACGCCUGCUGUCCAGCUGGAACAAGUGCAAUUUGAUUUCAUCAAAGACAUGUCGAAUUCAGCAGCAAUGACAACGUAGCAGUACCCCGUCCAAUUUAUUCAAUAUCAUUGUCCGUUUGCUGGUCAUACUGUUUUUAGGCCAUAUUUUAGAGGAGUCAAAACCCGCUCCAAAGUUGGCUCUAUUGUUUGUUCUUUACCUCCACUGAUAUGAAUUACUUUACAAAUACCCGUUGAUAACCAUUUGAAAUCCAGUAAAAACAUGGCGGAGCCCGGUGCUUCUCAGAUUCAGUUGCCCACAGCUUUUUAUUAUUUAAACGAUGAUUUUUUGUGUGAAAAUACACCUGUGCAUCUAAUUCAA